AGAAGCCAUUCAGUUCAAUGACUUUGUUUUGCCAAAUUGGGAAAUGACAGAGAACUUGAAGUGCUACUGUCAGCGUUCGGAAGAAAAAAAAAAAACAACAACAGUACCAGUCUACGUCUAUGGAUGCGCAUAAAUAAGCUGAAAAGGAAAGCAAGCAGCGACAAGUUACCGUAAAAGGAAGUUUCCGGUAAUAACUGGUGUCAUCACAACUGAGCAGAGAGCAUAAAUAAUUUACGCCAGUUAAACAAAGCCCUUUGCACUUUACAAAAGACCAACUAAACACAGCUAAGCAGUCAAGCUUGUUUGGCCACUGUUGCUGUCAACGGAUAUUACUCCACUUCCAUCUACCAUUUUACCAUUUUCUGGUUUAUUCAGUUCUUGUGCAGCGCUUGUGGGGGCGGCGGUUUUGCUCGGACAGCUCGUUUAACUCCAAACUACGGUUCGUUCUUACACAGACAUCAACGCGUUCGGCUGAAUCAUAAAAGUUUUCAGUGAAAAUUUUCAUUUACAAAUCAUUUGACAAAAUUAACAAAUUCCAAUUGGAUUUUAUGAAAAUUCUUGUGUAUGCCACAGCGUGUGCAAUAGAAAGUAAACGAAAUAUGAGAAAAAUCUCUACAACCCAAAUAAAAAAAGGUGUGAAAUAUAUAGUAGCAGAGUUUUAUACAAGUCUGUGGCACUGCUGUAAGAAGUAGGAAAAGGAAGGAAAUAAAGUGUGAAGUGUAAAGAGUAGAUAGUAGAUAGUGGGUGGUAAAAGUGCAGUGCGGCAUGCGGGACGUAAAUGCUACACAGUGAAGUGGAAGUGCGUAAACGAUAAAGGCUACGACGGCGAAGACAACAACGACAGCAAUAGCGACAGCAACAGCGACAGCGGCGUAUGAAUUGAAUUUGUGGCGCUGAGUGGGUGUUCGAAAACGAGGAAGCAAGCAGUGCAAUAUACAUAGUAAGCAGACAAAGUUGAACGGGGCCACAUUGGAGUCGGAAGGAGUACAUUGUGGUCGAUUGGAGCAGAAAGUGGAUAUACAUACAUACAUACAUAUGUAUAGCGAGAGAGACCGUGGUGAGUGUGUGUAGGAGGGCGAAUUACGAGCAAAUCGACGAAGAACGACAAUUUAAUAAAGCGGAAGAGAAGGAGAAGAAGAAUGCACAUUUAUGAAUAUACGGCGAAUACGUGUGUUAAAAGGCAAAAGGAAAAAGUAUAUUGAGAUCUGGAGUAGAAGUAAUAAAAAGGCAUAAACGCACACACACACACACAUACAAAUAGACGAUGAACUACACCCAAAAAAGUGCUGCCAACAGCAACGGCAACAGCGGCGCAUAAAUGUGAGAAGCAAAAAAAAAAAAAUAACACAACAUUAAAGUGUGCAGACGAAAAAACAGGAAAAUUACAAAAUUAAUACCACUAUUGCACUUUUAAGCACUAAAGUGUAUGUUUAGUGUACGAAAGUGUGUGUGAGUGUCUUUUUCAACAGUCACAAGCAUAUUUGUAUGUAUGUGUAUAUGUAAGCCCUUGUGUGGGCAUAGGCGUAGGAAAUUAGUAAUUGCACAAACCAAACGGAACCGAAACUCACAUAUGCUUAAGCACAUCGCACACACACACACGCAUAAGUAGUGUAUCGCAUAUAUGUAUGUAUAGCGGCCAAACGUUAAGUGGAAGUGCAAGUUAUACCUGUGCCACCCACACACGUAGCAAAUCCUCUGCCGGAUACGCGUAAGCCAGCAUCCAGCCGCAAGCGCUUCAUUCGCUGUGUAUUUGUGUGUAGUGCAUGGAAAAUAAUUCGAUUACAACAACUGACAUACAUACAUACAUAUUGCAUUUUAUAUAUGAAUAAAUAAUUAAAUAUUUAUUUAAAGUGUAUUAAUUGGUGCGCGUUGCAAUAAUUGCAUAUACAUACGAAACUAAGCACAACUAAAUUGUGUUACUUUAUGCAACAACGUAUUUGUGUUAAUCAUUGCUUACACAUUUGUUUUUGGAAAUGUAAAUCUGCAUACAUACAAACGUCGGCGUUAUUUUGUUUAAUAAAAAUAUAAGAAAUUCGAGAAUUUUUGUACGUGCCAUACAUUUCUGUUGUACAAACAGCCAAACAGCGACGCACUCGACAGUUUUACUGCCGAAACAACAACAACAGCAGCAACAACAGUCGCACACUACUUAUCGGUGGUUUUUGGUAUUUUGUUUUGUUGGAAUAUGGAUUGCAGUCUUGCAGAGCAAAAUUCCGUGAAUUCUUUGGACGAAACUAUUAGAAGUCUCACGCAAUUAGCUUCGAGCGGCAGCCCAUUGCGGCGCGAAAACACCUUCACAUCGGCCACAGCCCAACAAGUGACAGUCUUAUCGUCGUCGCCAUCGUCUACGGCGGCGGCGAUACAAACAGCGGCAGCCAUUAAGCUGCGCAAGUACAGCGAUCGUUGUCUGACCACAGCCGAGGCCAAAUCGCACGCCUACCGCAUCUCGAUGGCCAACUUGGAGGAGACACAAGAGUCCGAACUGGACAUGAUAUUGGGCGAGUUGAGUCUGUUGGAGGCGCAAAUAAAUUGCGGUGAUGCCGCAUUUCUACCCGGUUGCGGUGUGCCCGGUCCGCAGCAGCAUGUAAAUCAAUCAACCGGCCAAUUGGGUAUGGGCACAGCACCGCCGACACGCACACAUUCGCGCACAAAUUCCACCAUUUCGGGUGCCACAACUAUCUCGCUAUCCGGUUCGUCGGAGUGCGGCAGCAGCGCCACCACACAUUCGUUGGCCUCCUCCUCGGGCGUUUCGGAGAAUGGACAGAGUAGUGUGGGCAGUGGCGGCAGCGUGAGCAGUGUGAUGGGUGUCACUAUGGGAGGUGUGGGUGUCGGCGGCAGCGGUGGUGUCGUGGGCAUUAUGCGCGAACCACGCACCGAAUCGCCGGACAAUGAUUCCGCCUUCAGUGAUACGGUUUCGCUGUUGUCCAGUGAGUCGUCCGCCUCCAGUAGCGCUAGUUCGGCGCUGCAUCACAAGCAAAUGCAACAGCUGCAGCAGCAACAACAGUUACAGUAUAUGCAACAACAGUUGAGCGGCACUACGUUGAGCAGCAGCAAGGCGGCCAAGAUACAGCUGGCGCUGCACAAGUUGGAGCAUCCAUCCAUACGGAGGUUGUUUGUGAAGGCGUUUACUUCGGACGGCGCUUCGAAGUCGCUGUUGGUGGAUGAGCGUAUGACGUGCGGUCACGUGACACGUUUGCUGGCCGAUAAGAAUCACGUGCACAUGCAGGCCAAUUGGGCGCUGGUGGAGAACUUGGGCGAUCUGCAAAUGGAGCGUCUCUUCGAGGAUCAUGAGCUUUUGGUCGAUAAUUUGAUGACUUGGAAUUCGGAUGCGGGCAAUCGUGUGCUCUUCCAGCAGCGCAGCGAUAAGGUAUCGCUCUUCGCCAAACCCGAAAUAUACUUGCCUGGGCCACAAAUGGCGCCGGGCAGUCAGCAUGAUGAGCAUACACGCGCCAUGCUGUUGGAGGAGUUCUUCGAGACCAAUUCACAGCUGCAAGUAGAUGGUCCGCUGUAUAUGAAGGCCGAUUCGAAGAAAGGCUGGAAGCGUUAUCACUUUGUGUUGCGCUCCUCCGGGCUGUACUACUUUCCGAAAGAGAAAACGAAGAACACACGCGAUUUGGCUUGUCUCACGCUCUUCAAUGGCUACAAUGUGUAUCGCGGUUUGGGUUGGAAGAAGAAAUGGAAGGCGCCAACUGAUUAUGCAUUCGGCUUCAAGUCGGCCGUGGAUUCUUCGUUGGGCAAGACAUGUCGCACAUUGAAAAUGCUUUGUGCUGAGGAUUUGGAGACGAUGGAGAAGUGGAUCACGGCCAUACGCAUUUCGAAAUACGGCAAACAGCUGUGGGAUAGCCACAAAACGCUUAUGGAUGAUCUCAGUAUGGGUGAUGUGAUGUCGCAGAGCAGUUUCGGCGUGUCAAUGCGCAGCGAAUCGAUUAGCAGCAUCUCCUCGGCCGUUCCUUCACAGUGCGGCAGCGUCUCCUCCGCCGUUUCGAGCAUGUCCAAUUCGAGCGGACGCGUUUCACGCGCCUCCUCCUCCUCGUCAAGCGGUUGUCUAUCGGAUGACAAUAACGGCUUCGACUCUGAAUUCACCACAGGCACCAUAAAACGUAAACCGUCGAUGAAACCCAAUUUACCGCUGACCACAAUGACGCGUCAGCUGAAGGAAGUCGGUGAGAUCACGAUUUGUGAAGGCAGUGGCGCUGAUGUGCAAGACGCCACCUCGCCGGAGCGCAGCGGCACGCUAACGCGUCGACACAGUCGCCGCAAAUCGCAAGAGAGCAACGGUAGCGGUACACUAAAACGGCGCCAGCCCACAGCGGCGGUGGCCAAACGCGGUUCGGCUGAAAGCAUGAACGCAACCGCUUGCAAUUCAUCUGGUUCCUCCAAUUCCACACCGACGCCGACGCCUAGCAUUUGCGCCAAGCCAUUGCUGGAGUAUGAAGCGUCGCGCGCCACACCGGUCAAUGAGGUGGCCGGCGUGACAAAUUGCAUGUCCUCAUCGACACUCUCGCUCGACUCGCUGCCGCCACCACCACCGCCGCCGCCGAUCACCGAUGAACACGAGAUAUACGGCUCACAGCUGUCAUUGGUCUCAUUGCCGCCACCACCGCCACCAGAUGAUGUUAUGGCAUAUCCACCACCGCCGCCACAGGAGUACGCCGGUAUAGGUGGCGCUAAGGCGAAUGGCAUGCCACCAGCGGUGCCCGCGAAGCCACAAAAACCACAACAAACGCCGGUGAAAGGACCAGCGCCACCCUAUAAGGCACCACCAGAGUACGUGGGACAAGCGCACAAUCAGCAUAUGAACAAUAAUAACAGUGGCAUGAAUGCUGCAGCGGCUGCUGGGCUGCCACCACCGCCGCCACCAACUAAUACCGGUACACAAAAGAAAGUCUCCUUCGCCGAUUCGCCAGUGUUGUUGCGUCGCAAAAUGUGCUCACCCGAGCCGCCCGUGUGCGUUAUGCAAAUGCAUCCACAACCCAUCUAUGGCUAUGCGCCUUGUCCGCUGCCACCGCCACGUGCCGACAUGACACGUCUCUCCACGAACUCCUCGAACUGCAGUUCCAUUGACUUUGGCUCACCGAAGCGCCUGCAAGAGUCCACCUCAAAUCCGCCGCGCGACUUUCUCAAGGAUCUGCAACGCGUGAUGCGUAAGAAAUGGCAAGUGGCACAGAAGUGCAAACUGGAACCGGCCACAACGCCGCAUGAAGUGCUCGGCUUUCGCGAUUUCAAUGACGAGUUGCACAAUUUAAAUGCCUCCGCCACCACACACUACUACCGUGAAACGGCCAAUGUGAGUAAUUGGGUGCAGGAACAUUAUGGCGCUGGCGCACCACCGCCACCGCCCAGCGAGUAUGCGCUCUAUGAGAAUUUGCAUGCGAACGAUGCGCCGAAUGGCAUGGGCGGCACAGCGGUUAUGAUGGAGCCGCAAUUCCCUAUGAGCGGCGCGGCGGUGGCUGCAGCAGCGGCCCAACGCAAGAAGCGACCACCGCCACCACCACCAAAACGCAGCGAUUCGACGCAGCUGACGCAUAGGGUUUAGGGAUGUGGCGUAGGCCAACGUCGCCGGCAUUGGUUUCUGUGCGGUUGGUAAAAUACGUGAAGGUCAAGAUGAAGCGAAGCGAAGCGGGACUGCGGAGGCUGCCUAAACAAUUGCAAUUGUUGCAAAGUGCGAUCGAUCGAGCAAGUAAUGGUGGAGAGUUUUAUGUGCUAAGCUUAGAGAAGGUUCAGAACCUCUUUGUGUGUGUGUGCUGUGCGCGCGGCCAGUUGCUAAGCGAAUUGCGGCGGCAAUAGACACAAAAUAUGUCCUUUUUAUGUAGUUUAUAUUUAAGCUAUACAUAUAUAAAAUUAACAAAUUUUUAUAUAUAUUUACAUGCUUAUACAUACAUACAUACAUAUAUAUGGACGUUUAAUACUUAAGAUUUACAUACAUACAGGCAUGCAUGCUUUAGUGGAAAGCGUGUUUGUGCGCAAAAUUUUAUAGUUUAUAGUUUAAGUAAACAAAAACGCUACUUAAAAAUGCUUUCAAAAUGUCUACGCCUAGGAAUUGUACAAUAUGCCAUACUAAUUGAAUGAAGAGAUUAAGGGGAAGGUAAUUAACUAAGCGAGGCGCUCAUAAAAAUAGCCAUAAAACUGCUAUCCUGUAUCAUAAUGGAAUAUAAGAAUAAUUUUUUACUAAGUAGCAAGCGGCAGUGACAGCAAAAUAACAUUUUUUGUAAACUCUACACAACUCUCUAAAGUUUUUUUUUUAUCAACAUACCAAAUUUGUGCAUAAAAUAGCACGCGCACAAUUGCUAAAUAGUUAAAUAGUUAGUUUUGAAAACUCUACACAACUCUCCACUUUGUUUUUUUUUGGCUUCAAACAACCAAAUAUGCGUAGCAGCGCUUGAACAAAUGUGCAUAGUAACUAAAAUAUAAGUUUUGCCUAACUCUACACAACUCUCCACUCUGUUUUUUUGGGUUCAAACAUCCAAAUAUGUGUAGCAGCGCUUGUGCAACUGCGUAGAAACAUUAAAAUUUAAGUUUUUCGAAACUCUACACAACUCUCCACAAUUUUUUUCCUAGCCCAAAAAGCGCUAUAAAGUCUUGUUAGUGAUUAUGGAUUUACAAAAUUAUUCAGAGUCAUUAGCGCUAACAAAUAACCAUCCACUCUCCACUCCUUUUGCACAUUCGCUCAUAUUAGGCAAGCGAUUCUUCGCGAAAUCCUUACUUAUAUGUAUGUCAUGCGAAUUUUGUAUUUUAGCAAAAAUUUUUAAACGAAAUUUAAAAUUUGUUUAAUUCUAAAAAAAUAUAAUUAUAAGCAACAUUUUUUUUUUAUUUCGAAAUAAGCAGAAAUUAAACGAAAAUUUAAUACUUUAGUAUUAUUGUACCAAAAUGGCAAAUCUACACACGUUAGUCGAUUUCCAGCAGCAUGUAAUGCUAGCUUGAAAAACUAAAAUUAAUUUCACGCUACUCUAAAUGUAAGUCUACACUGAAGUCUACACUUACGUGGUGUGCUGAAAUUUUUCGAACAAAGUUAUGAAAUAGUUUAUUUAUACUAUAUAAUGCUUGAAAUGAAAUCUAACGCCUUACGAUUUAGAAGCGAAUACUUAGCAUUUAGUUGUUAGUGUAAAAAAAUAUAUAUAAGAAUUUGUAAACUAAAAAAAAAGAAUUUCUUAUUGUCCAAUUGGCGUCUACAAACUAAGCUUGUAUGUUGUAUGUACUUAUUUAAGUGGAAUUCUUAAAUGAAAAAAUAUAGAUUUUCUGAAUUUUUGAAUUUUGUAAAAAAAAAAUAAAGAAAUAAAAUACCGCUUUCCAUAAAAUUUUUAAAGCAAAUUUAUUUGUGUGUAAAAAUUAUUAAUAUUAAUAAUAAUAUGCUAGUAAUUAAAUUGUUCCUAAGCAGAAGCAUUUCACUUGAAACAUGAAAAAUAUAUAAAAUAAUAAAAAUAAAUAAUAAAAA